UUUUUUCCAGAGGUUUUAUGUAGCAGACUAUACAGUAUCUAGCAGAACGUUCUGACUUUCCUGCUGCUUUGCAAAUGACACCCCCCACAGGAAGAUAACGGAUAAGCCAGGAGGGAGGAGCAGUCAAGCUACACAUGUCUGGGUACUCUUAUCAACUUAUCAUAUAAGGAAAGGAAAGUGAUUGAUUCAGAUACUGUAAAAAAGGCUAAGAGACAAGCAGAAGAAAAACUAAAGCUUGUUUUUGAAACUAACACAUCUAGCAGUUGAGACGGGACUGCUUUGCCUGCUCGCAUCUGACAGAUUACGGAACGACUGGAGAGAAGACGGCACUUUUCAAGUUUGCAACUAGGAUACUGAAAACUCAGCCCUCUCUCAAACUACUUUGCACAUGACAACAGAGCACUGAAUUUUAGGGCAGGUUAACUCUAUAACCUGAGCUUUUGUUAAACAUAUUGAAAUAUUUUAGAUUUACUGGGUUACCAUAGGAAUUAAAAUGCGGCUGGUUGUUUACUGUAUUUUGAGCUGCAAUCUUUUCUUAGCUUCAGGGUAUACUUCCUUUCGUAAAAGCACGGAGACUGUAGGCAAAAAGCAGUAUCAAGUUCAGCAUGGGUCAUGCAGUUAUACUUUUCUUUUGCCCGAGACGGACAACUGCCGCUCAUCUUCUAGCUCCUAUGUGUCGAAUGCAGUACAGAGGGAUGCGCCACUAGACUAUGACGACUCAGUACAAAGACUGCAACUACUUGAAAACAUCAUGGAAAACAACACUCAGUGGCUAAUGAAGCUUGAGAAUUACAUCCAAGACAAUAUGAAGAAAGAAAUGGUAGAGAUCCAGCAAAAUGCAGUGCAGAACCAGACUGCAGUAAUGAUUGAAAUAGGCACAAACCUAUUAAACCAAACAGCUGAACAGACCCGCAAAUUAACAGAUGUUGAAGCACAAGUGUUAAACCAGACAACAAGACUUGAACUUCAGCUUCUGGAACAUUCUCUCUCAACAAACAAGUUAGAAAGGCAGAUUUCAGAUCAGACCAAUGAGAUAACCAAAUUGCAAGAAAAAAACAGCCUUCUAGAAAAAAAAGUUCUUGAGAUGGAAGACAAGCACACACUUCAGCUACAGUCAAUAAAAGAAGAAAAAAAUCAACUUCAAGCACUGGUAUCAAGACAAAAUUCUAUAAUAGAGGAACUAGAAAAGCAGUUAGUCACAGCCACAGUAAACAAUUCAGUUCUGCAAAAACAGCAGCAUGAUCUGAUGGAGACUGUUCACAACUUGCUUACCAUGAUAUCUACGCCAAACUUAGCCAAGAGCAGCUUUGUGGCAAAAGAAGAACAAAUCAGUUUCAAAGACUGUGCUGAAGCAUUCAAAUCAGGACUUACAACAAGCGGAAUCUACACCUUAACGGUUCCUAAUACUUCAGAAGAGAAAAAGACAUACUGUGACAUGGAAACCAGUGGAGGGGGGUGGACAAUUAUUCAACGACGUGAGGAUGGAAGUGUAGACUUUCACCGGACAUGGAAAGAGUAUAAGAUGGGAUUUGGUGAUCCUGCUGGAGAGUACUGGCUUGGAAAUGAGUUUGUUUCUCAGAUGACUAAUCAGAAACAUUAUGUUCUUAAAAUACACCUGAAAGACUGGGAAGGAAACGAGGCAUAUUCAUUAUAUGACCAUUUUUAUCUAGCAAGUGAAGAGCAAAAGUACAGGAUCCAACUUAAAGGACUUACUGGGACAGCAGGCAAAAUAAGCAGCAUAAGCCAACCAGGAAAUGAUUUUAGCACAAAGGAUGCAGACAAUGAUAAAUGUAUUUGCAAAUGUUCACAAAUGCUAACAGGAGGCUGGUGGUUUGAUGCAUGUGGUCCUUCCAACCUGAAUGGAAUGUAUUACCCAUUGCGACAGAACACCAACAAAUUUAAUGGCAUUAAGUGGUACUACUGGAAAGGGUCAGGCUACUCUCUCAAAGCCACAACUAUGAUGAUCCGACCAGCAGAUUUCUAAAUGCUUUUGCAUUCUACAUGAAUUGUGUAUCAUAUAAUCUUCAAAGACUUCAUGUGCCAAACAUUUAAACACACAGCUGCAACUUCUCAUUUUCCAGCCCAGAAAACAUGCACUAAUGUUCUGAAGGAUCAAUUUGAUUCUGAUUCUUGAAUUGCAAUAGCCAUCAUCAGCUAAAGCUUACAUUACUCAACUAGACACAGCAAAGUCUAAAACAUGAAGUAAUCUGAUAUAAUAAUGAUUUGGCAGAACAACUGAUUUAAGAGGAUGUCCAAGAAACUGUCAAACAACUUAAGGACUACAUUUUGUUGAUCAUCUAUGUCAUGCGUGUGUUAGUAAAUAACUGGAACUGUGAAAAAUAUGUAUAACUUAGUUUUAGAAAUGUGCCUCAUCACUGAACUUUAAACACCACACUGAUAUAAAACACUCCUAACUUGCAGUCUAGACCUAUACCUAUUUUCUAUACCAUGCCAUGUUUGUAGUUUAUUGUACAUAAAAGUAUACUGUCCUGUAAUUAGAUCAUUGAAAUAACAUUCCUUUUUUUUUAUUAUAGUUUUCUGAGCAACAUUUACACUUAUUCAGGGAUUUUCUUGUAGUCCAUAUCAGUUUAUUUAACAAUCUUAGGAGAAAUAGCUUUUCCAUCUAAGUGCCUUGCAUUUAUUCUCGGAAAAUACUAUGUAAAAUCAACCAUGUUUUUUUCAUUUUAAUUAUCAGAUUUUGUACUUGUUAUAGUUGUUAUGAUAAAGCUACAAAAAUCCCUGUUAAUUAUAGUAUAGUAGCAUGUGUUUCAUUACAUUCUGUAUGAAGAUUGCACUUUUCUUCCUAGUUAAAUGUAAAAUACCUGGCAAAUAGGUAUUUAUAAGAAUACUUAUGAGACAACAGCAUUAGGCUUCAGAUAAGUGCUGUUGUCUAUGACUAUUAAAUAUCAGCUGGUGCUGUAGUCAAUUUAGAUUUUUUAUGAAAAUAAGCUAGCUUAAAAACAAAUGUACUCUUUGAUGAAAUACAGUUGUUUCUUUCUUAAGGUAAAGUUUUACUGCUCUUGAGAGAGAGGAGGAAGUUAAAAAUGACCUCAGGCCAAACAGUCUUCUGUAUGUGGCAGUGGUCGAGCCCUUAUUGUAUAUAAUUACAUGAAUACAUUGCUUUACUGGGUGACUGACUAUUUUUGUUCCAUAUAUAUGCUUAAAUAGAUACACUCAUAUAUCAGAAUAGAAAUGUUGGAGUUCAGCUUCAGAAGGCCCUUUAUUCUAAAUCUUUUCCGAUGUUUUAUAAAGCUGCUUCCAAAAAUUAACUUUUGGGAGGACAUUUCUUACGCUUAGUGUCAGACCUAGUGCAAUAAGUUUGGAUAUUUUUCAUUUUACUCUGCUGAUCUUUAAAUUCCAUGUAUGAAACAAAAUAAAGCAUAUUUCUAGUUCAGAGAAUCUUAUCAGAUGCUUUUUAGGCUCAGGUAACAAAACAUGUUAUAUUAUAAUAAUAAUGAUUAGUUUUGAGAAAGGAGUUAAACACAACUACCAAACCAUCCUGUUACGAAUAUAAUCUGCUCCCAAAAAAGUAUUUCAGUCAUAUAAACACACAAGGAGAAUGUAAAGACUUAACAAAAAGGCAGAAAUUCCUCUCAGCAAGCUUUAAGAAGGGUGGCCAACCUGCAGCACAUGUGCCACAAGUGGCAUGGGCAGCCUCUGUGUGGCAUGUGGCAGAUGGGGAAGGGAGAGGCAGUGCAGUGCAGUCAGGAGACAGAUAGCAGAGCAGCAGAUAAGACAGGGGAAGAGGAUUGGAGUAGCAUUUGGAGAGGGUGCAGGGAUAAUGUUUUAUAGCUGCCAGAAAAGGCUGGCCUCCACUGCUUUACAGAAUGCUGUUUAAAACUACACUAAUUACUAAUAACUUGCCAAGUUAUUACACAGAAGGUGAUUUGAACAGAAAGAGAGACCCCAAAAGCUUUAAGCUAAAAUCAUAUGUUUUUUCUAGCUAUGCUCUUCAACAAAUUUUGUAACAACCCACAGUUGGCAAAACAGGAUCAACAACUAUUAUAUGACAGAAAAGAACAUGUUAUUUUUUGUACUGCUAUAGUACAAAAUCAAAGACCAGGACUCCCAAAUACAUAAAACUAUCCACCAACUACAUAAAACUAUCAGAAUUAAAAUACAACGCAAAUUUCUUCCCAUCACCACAGAGUCAUUGUAAAAUAACUACAGUAUUUUCUGCAUGCUUUGAUAACAUGCUGUAUACAAUCAAAUAAUAAGUCCUUUCAAUAUUCCUAAUCAUUUUAUGCAAAUUUUAAAACAUUCAAGAUCGAGGUUUCAAAUAACAACAAAGAAAGGAAAAUUGUAGUAACUAGGAACAAAAUUCAAUUUCUGAACUAAAUUCUCUCAUUACAGCAUCUUAAAUACUAUAAACAACACAGAAAUAUAUUUACACAGCUGCUACGUUGUCAAGACAAACUGUAAACCCUUUUCACAAUAAAACUGACGUGAUCAA